AAAGGCGAACCAAUAGAUAUCGAUAAACUCAAUAUUGAUGAAGAAAGCAAAAAGGAAUUAAAAGAAAUUCAAAAGCAAAUAAUAAACAAUCCAUCAACUAACAAAUCUCAGCAAAGAAGUCAAAAUACUUCUGAUUAUGUAGUAAAUUGUCUUGAUUGUGGUGUAGAAUAUGAAACUGACAAAAAUAAAGAUCCUCACUCUACCUGCUGA